GGUCCGCCCUUUCCGGUCAGCUGUCUUUCUCUCCCCGCCGGCUGCUUGCCCUGGGCACGCGUGUGUCCCCCGAUGAGGCUCCGUUUGGCCUUGAGUCCCGCGGGCUCGUAGCAUGAAGUGCCACUACGAAGUGCUGGGCGUGAAGCGCGACGCCUCCGACGAUGACCUCAAGCGCUGCUACAGGAAGCUGGCCCUGCGAUGGCACCCCGACAAGAAUCUAGAAAACGCGGAAGAAGCGGCAGAGCAGUUCAAGCUGAUCCAGGCUGCGUAUGAUGUGCUGAGUGAUCCUCAAGAAAGAGCCUGGUAUGACAAUCACCGGGAAGCUCUGCUGAAAGGAGGGGUGGAUGGAGAGUAUCAAGAUGACAGUUUGGAUUUGCUCCGCUACUUCACUGCUACAUGUUACUCUGGUUUUGGAGAUGAUGAGAAGGGGUUCUACACAAUCUAUCGGAAUGUCUUUGAAAUGAUUGCAAAGGAAGAAAAGGAGUCCAUGAUGGAGGAAGACAUGGAAGAGUUUCCAAAUUUUGGAGACUCUCAGAGUGAUUAUGACACAGUUGUCCACUGUUUCUACGGUUACUGGCAGAGUUUCUGCACCCAGAAGAAGUUUGCCUGGAAAGAAGAGUAUGACACCCGGCAGGCAUCAAACCGCUGGGAGAAACGAGCCAUGGAAAAGGAGAACAAGAAGACCCGUGACAAGGCGAGAAAGGAGCGGAACGAGCUGGUACGCGAGCUGGUGGCCUUUAUCCGGAAAAGGGACAAGCGGGUGCAGGCCCACCGGAAGCUUCUGGAGGAACAAAAUGCCGAGAAAGCGAAGAAAGCAGAGGAACUCCGGAGGAAGCAGAAACUGAAACAAGCCAAACUGGCCGAGGAGUAUAAAGAACAGAGCUGGAUUAGCAUGUCGGACCUGGAGCGCGAGCUGCAGCAGAUGGAAGCACAGUAUCAAAAGGAGUUUGGUGAUGGGUCCAGUGAUGAAGAUGAAAAGGAGGAACAAGAGUGCAAAGAAAAGCAGGAUGAUAAGUUAAGUGAAGAAGGAGAUGAUGCCAGUUUCUAUGAUGAUCUCUAUUGCCCUGCUUGUGAUAAAUCCUUUAAGACAGAUAAAGCCAUGAAGAACCACGAAAAGUCCAAGAAGCAUCGAGAAAUGGUUGCUUUGUUACGGCAGCAACUAGAGGAAGAAGAUGAAGAGUUUUCUCCCAGUGCAGUUGAUGAGAAUGGACUGGAUAGCAAAGAGGAAGAGGAGGCAGAAGAAGUGCCCAAGCAAAAACUUUCUAAGAAACAGAAAAAGAAACAGAAAACAGUGGUGGUGGAAGAGGACCGUUCCAAUGACAAAAGCACACAGGAGCAGUUUAAUGAAGCAAAUCAAGGCAAUGGUGAUGUAAAGCAGGCUGCAACCAAAGAAACAGAAGAUGUCAGCAAAAGCCACAAUCCAGAAGAUGCAAGUCCUGGAGAAACAGGAGAACCACCAGUUGAUCCCAAAACUGAGGUGACAAGCAACCCUAAAGCUAAAGGGAAGAAAACAAAAGACACAAAGAAAACUUCCACCAGAAUUUCUUCAGACCAUCCGGCAACGCAUGAAAGUUCCCUCCAGUGUGUCACCUGCCACUGUGAAUUCCAGUCACGAAAUAAACUCUUCGAACACUUAAAAACUUCAGGCCACGCAAAAGCCAUGCAAGAACCAGCUGUCCAAGUCGCCAUGAGCAGCAGAAGCAAAAAAGAAAAACGCAGAAACAGAUAGGGCUUCUGGAAGGAAUCUGAGGACAGCCAGUUCAUUAUAAGUAUGGGUCACUCCAAAAGGCACUUUCCUUGCCCAAAGAGACACAGACUUUGUUUUAAUGAGUGUACCUGGAAUACAGAUUUCAGAGUCCAGCAAAAAUAUGCAUUGUGGCAUAGUAUUUAAACAUAUGACACUCAAUACUAAUUUAUGUGCGGAUCUUUUAAAAAUUGGCCUAUAAUUGACUCUUCAUGGAGUCUAAAUGGUUUCAGUUCUCUUCCUUCCCACUCCCCCUACUAAAGCACAAAACUUGUAAAGACACAUAUGUACAGGGAAAAGAAAUAAAUUAUUUUUCUUUAAACUGCA